CUCAGGGAGGAUUUGAUCAUUUACAUGCACAUACAUGCAUACACUGCGAUGGAUUCUCUAGUAGCUAAAUGCAGUCAUGUGAACAGCCCUAGGAUCAGCUCUGCAUUUACGUGUUGACACAUGAAUGAGGGGCUGUGGUUAUAUCCAUCAGCCAUCCCAACAAUAAUAAGCCUUUCAUGUGGGAUGUACUUUGGCCCAAAUGGUCUAAGGAAGAAUCUUCUUCCUUGUGUUUCCAAUCAGUCUUAGAAAUUUUAUGUGCUAGGUCGUUAUCCAAAGUCCUUGCGCUAAUUCUAAGAUAGUCCCAGCGUGGAAAGUGAGCGGAUUAUGAUCGUGGAUUUGCACAGAGGAAAACAUGAACACCUAUUAGUGCUGUAAGGAAACCGAGGGCUUUACAUUUGACUGAAUUUUCUCUCCCUUUGUUAGCUUUACUUGUUAGAUCCAGAAAAAUAUAUAUUUCUUUCUAACAGAAUCCUCUUUGUUAGUGCUUCUUGUGCUCAGUGACAGCCUGUCUCUUAAAAAGGUUGGCUAAAUGUCUAUUUUGCAAGUCUCAUUAAUCUAAAAUUUCCCUAACAGCUGAAGAAGACCCUCUAAUGUGAUUUUCAACUUGGCGCUUGUGAUCAAGGACAGACGCACUGUCCAUGCUGGCACAGUGGAUAAGCAGUGACUCUGCUGCUGAGAGAGGAAUGACAUUUGUCUCAUUGUAAUUCCUAGAGCUGCUUUGGGAACAAUUUAGGCUUGAUUAAAAAAAAGAAAAGAAAAGAAAAAACAAACAAACAAACAAAAAACCCAUAAAACAAAGUGGGUGCUCAGAGCCAAGUUGGCUUUUUUCCCUCAGCCUGCUCUUUUACACUUUCACUGCCUAGUGUGCAAACUGUUAUGGCCCUGGGGGCAAACUGAAAAAAAAGCGGACUUUAGCUGUUGUGGAUUAGUUUCUGCUGUAGAAAAGAGGACUGGACCAAGAGAGCAGGCCCACAGCAACACGCAUCAUGCAGUGGGAACACUAGAUUCCCUGUUUGAGCCGCUUCUGUGUGGCAAUUUUUUUUCUUUGCCUGCAGUCUCGUUGAUUUGGAUGGUUGAGCACAAGGGCCACUUUGAAGGAGACCACCGGUGGCUGUGGUUUGGCCAGAGCUGUGAGACUUCUUGCCAGCUAUUACUGAUUUAGUACCCUUGUCCACUGCAAGUGCUAGUGUAGCCUCUUCACUGUGGUCUCCAGCAUGGUGAGUGGAGGCUGGAGGCAUCACAGGAGUGGAACUGAACCAUUAAUUCCUGUGUAGCUGGUUAUUUUUCAGCCAUUUUUUUUGCACUGUCAAGGAUUGCAUUCCAAUUUUCUACAACUCUUCCUGUGUACUGAAAAACCCCCCACCUCAGUCAAGGUCCUUUUUUUAAAUAAACUGAAAGCCUGGAAAGAAGAUCGCUCCAGAGGAGGAUGAAGCUGAGGAAACAGGUGACGGUGUGUGGAGGGGCCAUAUUCUGUGUGGCUGUGUUCUCACUUUAUCUGAUGUUGGAUCGCGUCCAACAUGACCCUGCAAGGCGACAGAGUGGUGGGAACUUUCCACGGAGCCAAAUCUCAGUCCUGCAGAACAGGAUUGAGCAGCUGGAGCAGCUCCUGGAGGAAAACCAUCAAAUCAUCAGCCACAUAAAGGACUCUGUGAUGGAGCUCACAGACACAGGAGCUGUGUCUCCCAGCGGCCACCUGCCCUUCAGAAGUGCCAACGGUUCCUGGGUCCUACCCUUCGAUGGCCGUCCCACUUUCCUCGCUGUUAAGCCGCAGGAUUGUCAGUUUGCUGUAGACAACCGAGGUCAAGCAGACGUUCAGAUGCUGGAUGUAUAUUCCCUCCUCAAGUUUGACAACCCUGAUGGCGGUGUAUGGAAACAGGGCUUUGACAUCACUUAUGAGCCUAAUGAGUGGGACAACGAACCACUGCAAAUAUUUGUGGUCCCUCACUCACACAAUGAUCCAGGUUGGGUCAAGACUUUUGACAAGUAUUUCACAGACCAGACGCAGCAUAUUUUAAACAACAUGGUGGUGAAGCUGGCUGAGGAUCCUCGCAAGAAGUUCAUCUGGUCUGAGAUUUCCUUCUUCUCCAAGUGGUGGGAGACUGCAGACGUGCACAAACAGGAGGCCAUGCGCAAACUGAUCCUUGGAGGACAGCUAGAGAUUGUGACAGGAGGCUGGGUGAUGACUGAUGAAGCCAAUGUUCACUACUUUGCCAUGAUAGAUCAGCUCAUUGAAGGGCAUCAGUGGCUGGAGAGAAAUCUAGGUAUAACUCCUCGCAGUGGGUGGGCUGUAGAUCCGUUUGGUCACAGUGCUACUAUGGCCUAUCUACUAAAGAAGGCCAACCUAACCAGCAUGCUCAUCCAGAGGGUCCACUACUCCAUUAAAAAGCACUUUGCAUCCACCCGAAGUCUGGAGUUUAUGUGGAGGCAGGCCUGGGACACAGGGUCAAGCACAGACAUCUUUUGCCACAUGAUGCCCUUUUAUAGCUAUGAUGUGCCUCACACCUGUGGACCUGAUCCAAAGAUCUGCUGCCAGUUUGACUUCAAGAGGUUACCAGGUGGAAGGAUAAACUGUCCCUGGAAAGUGCCACCAAAAACUAUUGUGGAGGCCAAUGUAGCAGAGAGGGCACAGCUGCUCCUGGAUCAGUACCGUAAAAAGUCGAAACUCUACCGCAGUAAGGUGCUCCUCGUUCCUCUGGGGGAUGACUUCCGCUACGAUAAAGCCCUAGAAUGGGAUCAGCAGUAUAUCAACUACCAGAAACUGUUUGACUACAUGAAUUCUCACCCAGAGAUGCAUGUACAAGCACAAUUUGGGACUCUCACCGACUACUUCAACGCUGUAUACAAAACAAAUGGAGUGGCCCAGGGAGCCAGGCCUGCAGGCUACCCAGUGCUUAGUGGAGAUUUCUUUGCUUAUGCAGAUCGGGAAGACCACUACUGGACUGGUUAUUUCACCUCUCGACCCUUUUAUAAGAGUCUGGACCGCGUGAUAGAGUCCCAUCUCAGGGGGGCAGAAAUCCUCUACAGUCUGGCGGUUGCUAAUGCUAGGCAUGCAGGCAUGGAAGGGCGUUACCCGGUUUCUGAUUAUUCCCUGCUAGUCGAUGCAAGACGUGCGGUCGGCCUCUUCCAGCAUCACGAUGCCAUAACUGGCACCGCAAAAGAAAAUGUCGUCAUUGACUACGGCACCAAAUUACUGCGUUCACUUAUUGGUCUGAAGAGAGUAAUCAUCAAUGCUGCUCAUUUCUUGGUGAUGAAGAACAAAGAGUUUUAUCGCUUUUACCAGACGGAGCCUUUCCUGGAGACGGAUGACAGGCGCGCUACUCAAGACUCUCUGCCUCAGCGCACUUUAAUCGAGCUGGACCCUGCAGGACCAAGGUACUUGGUUAUGUUCAACCCUGUUGAGCGGGAGCGGCUGUGUGCGGUGACCGUGUUGGUCAACACGGUCAGGGUCCGGGUGCUUACUGAGGAUGGACAGACGCUCCCCGUACAGCUGAGUGCUCAGUGGAGCUCUGCUAGUCAGAUGAGUGCAGAGGUAUUUGAGGCAACAUUCAUGGUUCGUCUGCCACCUCUCAGUCUGGCUGUUUUCCAUGUGUAUGACUCUCCGGACUCACCUAUGACACUACGCUCGGACACCCUGCUCAGGCUGUCUGGUCGGGGUGUGGUCACCCGGGCUGUGGACCCGCUUCCUGUCCGCUCUCAGCAAGCUGACUCUCAGACCUUCUACAUCAGCAGUCAGUCUCUGACGCUAGGCUUCUCCGGAACCACUGGCCUGCUGGAGAGUAUCAAACGUAAGGACGAUCCUCAGGAAGUGAAGGUUCAGAUGCAGUUCAUGGUAUACGGCACUCGUCCCUCUAAAGACAAAAGUGGUGCUUACCUCUUUCUGCCGGAUGGAAAAGCAAAGCCUUACCACCAGAAAGAGCCACCUGUGGUGCGAGUUGUUGAGGGGCCUCUUUUCUCUGAGGUGGUGGCACACUACCAGCACUUUGAACAAACCAUCCGCAUCCACAACGUGCCAGGGGUGGAUGGUUUAUCGAUAGACAUCACCACCAUGGUGGACAUCAGAGAUCAGACCAACAAGGAGCUGGCCAUGCGACUGGUGACUGACAUCCAGAGCGGAGACGUCUUCUACGCAGACCUCAAUGGCUUCCAGAUGCAGCCUCGUCGACACUACCUGAAGCUGCCCUUGCAGGCCAACUUCUAUCCCAUGCCCAGCCAGGCGUACAUCCAGGACAGCCAUCACCGCCUCACGCUGCACACAGCUCAGGCUCUGGGUGUCAGCAGUCUGGAGAGUGGCCAGCUUGAAGUGAUUAUGGACCGACGACUGAUGCAGGAUGAUAACCGUGGGCUGGGUCAGGGCUUGAAAGACAACAAGAAGACAGCCAAUCGUUUCCGGCUGCUGCUGGAGAGGAGAUCUGCCGGUAACAAGAUGACUGACAGUGGGGCAGCCAGUUUCCCGUCAGUACUCAGUCACAUGACCAAUGCCAUGUUGAACCACGAUGUCUUGGCGCUGCCUGUUCUGCCCAAAAGACGCGGCAUCCCUCCUCUGCAAACCUUUGCCCCUCUCAAGUCCAUCCUUCCCUGCGACUUCCACCUGCUGAACCUGCGCAGCAUCCAGAACCAGCAGGACCCCCACUCUCCAUCUCCACACACAGCUUUGAUUCUUCACCGUCUCGCGCUGGACUGCAACAUUGAGGCUCAGAACCUCGGCUUCAACUGCACCACCACGCAGGGACAGCUGAAUGUAUCAGCUCUGUUCAAGAACCUGGACCUGCAGCUGCUUCAGCCCAUGUCUCUGACCCUGAUGCAUCCCGGCACGCCUCUGGCCAACAACUCCACCAUCACCUUGGAUCCCAUGGAGAUCUCUGCCUUCAAGCUCAAACUGCGCUAAGAACAGUGUGGACGAAAAGAAACCCUCCUAGACUCCUUAGACCAACGACCAGACCUACGCAGGGCGCAGGCUAGCAACAGAGGGGUCUGGGAUUCUCCGUUUUGUUAAGCAGAACCACAAACACUACAGCUCGGGGAGGCAGGGUCCACUGUAACAGGACUGCCUGCACAGCAGGGGGCAGGCGAUAGCCAUUACUGUGGACGGCUCAAAGAGCAGCAGAACCCGGGUGAAUUUCCAGCUGUUCCAAAACAACAAAGACUGCCAGAACCGCUCUUCAGAUCCAACCGGGCGUCUGUUUGUCUCUGCAAUCAAAAAAUGAAGGGUUCGAAUCAUUUCUUUUACUAUCUCUGCUCCAUCCUGCGCUGAACUACUGAAUGUAAAUAUCAAAAAUGACAAGAAGAGCCCGGGACAGGUGCCACAUCAGAGUGCAAUUUACAAAGCUUUAUUUAGUGAAUGGGUUUAAAUUUCUUUUUUUUUUUUUUUUUUUUAUGUAAG